AUGACAUUCCUAUCACUUUUAAUUUACCCAAGAUUUUAAAUCACUUUUACCACUGCGAGAACAGAUUGAUCAAAUAUGUCGAUCAUGUGACAUAUCUUAGAAAAUAUUUACAUAGACAAAAGGCAAUUAAAAGGUUCCAAAGGAUCUAGGAAUCAGUUUACAGCUCGAGCCUCGUGCAUUGUUCAUCGCGUUCGCUCUGAGGGAAAAUCAGAAGAAACAGAAGCAAGACAGAAUUCAGCUGCGGAAGGGAGAAUACAAGUGAAAUCUAAGUGAUUGCUUGAUAUUAACAUGGAAAAUAGCUACAGUAACGAGCGAGGCAUGGAGAUGGAUAAGCUAGCGAACAACAGUACUACUGGCCCACGUUCAACCAUCACAAUUCUGGGUUCUGGCGACUUUGGUAGAGCUUUGACUAAACGACUUUCAUUGGCUGGCUAUGAUGUUGUUAUUGGCAGCAGAAACCCAGAAAGACGACAACGCGAAGCAACUCUACUUAGCUACCGAGUCGUCUCAAUAAACGAAGCUCUAAACCACUCUGAUAUCGUCUUUCUGGCCAUUCCUCGCGAUGGUUAUGACGCCACGGUGACGUCAUUGGGUCCACUAUUGAAGGGCAAGAUCUUGAUUGACGUAAGCAAUCGUACCCAGGCUGCCUAUGAAAGCAGUUCCAACGCCGAAUAUCUUGCAAGCUUAGUUCCAGAUGCACAUGUCGUAAAGGGGUUCAAUGUCAUUUCUGCGUGGUCGUUGGAAAGUGACGUGUAUGGUGGAAGUAGAUUGGUGUAUGUUUGUGGAGAUGAUGUAACUGCCAAGGAAAAGGUUAUAGGGAUAGCCAGAUCAAUGCAGUUCAAUGCAAUGGAUCAGGGUUCAUUGAAGAUGGCCAGCAACAUUGAAAAUAAACCUCUGGAGCUCUUCCCAAGUUGGCGUGUUGCAUUAGCAAUGGUGGGCGUCCUCUAUCUCAUCAUGGUGCUGUAUUUUGUUCUUAAACGGGUGAUAAAGAAAAGCGAAUUCACCGACUUCCCUCUGAAGCGAAUGAGCCUUAUUUUCGCAUUUACUGUCAUUGGGAUCCUAGAUAUGGUGUACCUCCCAGGAUGCCUUGCAGCUCUACUUCAGCUGGCGUAUGGCACCAAAUAUCGAAGAUUCCCACGCUGGCUUGACUCGUGGAUGAAAGCUCGCAAGCAACUUGGUUUGAUCGCCCUGACCAUGGCAGCCAUGCAUGGCUGUAUGUCCACGCUGUAUUGGUCUCCCGGAUACAAGAGUCGACUGUUUCAGAAAACGACCACAAAUAUUGGCGAUGUUUCUAUCGUGGAAUACAAGAAGAUGUUCGCCCAAGGCGAGGCUUUCCUUACCCUUGGUGUUCUGGCCUUGACAGCGUUGUCCAUUUUGGGUGUGACUUCACUACCAACAGUCCUGAACCGCAUGAGCUGGCGUGAGUGGAAUUUCGUUCAGUCUGGCAUGGGCUACUUUUCCCUCAUCUUUGCUUUGCUUCAUUUUACUAUCUUCGCCUACGAAGGUAUCCCCAAAUGGAAACCAGAGGUCUUCUUCUAUCCAACAGUGUUGGUUAUUCUCAUUGGAUACGCAGUUGUUAUUCUUCGCUUCAUUCUGUUACUACCCUGCAUCGCGAACAAGGUGAAGAAGAUCCGUUCUGGAUGGGAAAGAGGUGGAGAAUUUACUAUUUGAUUGUGGAACUGUCUCGUUUUUCAAAGUAUCAUUAUUAUCUUGACAUUGUGUUUAGCAUUCACAUGCAUUUAUCCCAUUUGAUGGACGGAAAAUAUAUAUAGAAAACUGUCUGUCUAUACAUAUAUUUCAAUUAUAGCUUUUAUUGCAAUAUAUUGCAUUAAUAUUGCAUUAACAAUUAUAUAUAUAACUUCUUUUAAGAGAAUUAUUCGCAGUU